AUGGCACCACGCAGCAAACUCAAGAUUGCCCUCGCAGCAGAGAAGGGCUUGACAGAUAAGAAAGUCAAACAAAUCAAGGACAAGAAGAAGCACAAGGCUGUCAUAAAAGAAAAGCGCAAGAAGGGGCUUCUACCAGACGAAGAGGAGGAGGAAGAUUGGGAAGAUGAUGACGACUCGGAGGCCGAUGAUGGCGAAGGCCUCCUGGAUAUAGCAGCAGAGGAGUCCGACGAAGAUGAAGACGACGACGAGUCCGUGUACGAAGAGGCGAGUGCUGCGGCGAUUCUCAACGAGAGUGAUACCGAUUCCGAGUCAGAGGUCGACAUGGAGGAGAAGAUAGAGCGGAAACCGAAAUCCAUCCUCAAAAAGACCGAGAACCGACGCAAACAACGUCUCGCCGAGGCCAACGAGAACGACGACGACGACGACGACGACGACGACGCAGAAGAGGAGUCUGAUAUCGCGCUUUCUGACCUCGAGGACCUGCCCGAGGAGGAACGCGAGGACCUCUUCGUCAAGACCAAGCUCUCCAUCAACAACCAGCCAGCCCUGCUCGCCGCCGUAAAACGCAUCUCCAUACCAAAGGACUCCAGCACAUCAUUCGCCACGCACCAGACAGUGGUCUCUUCCGAGCCUACAGAGUCUAAGAUCGAGGACAUAUCCGACGACCUGCAGCGCGAGCUGCAGCUGCGCGCGCUGCUCAAGGCCGAGGGGCUGCCGUUCUCGCGGCCAAAGGACUACUUCGCCGAGAUGGUCAAGGACGACGGGCACAUGGAGAAGGUCAAGGCCAAGCUGAUCGAGGAGGCGACCGCGAAGAAGGCCUCGGCCGAGGCGAGGAAAUUGCGCGACCUCAAGAAGUUCGGCAAGCAGGUGCAGGUCGCGAAGCUGCAAGAGAGGCAGAAGGAGAAGCGCGAGACACUGGAGAAGAUCAAGGCAUUAAAGAAGAAGCGUGCCGAGAACGGCGGCGACAUCGGCACUAACGAGGCGGACCUCUUCGACGUCGGCGUCGACAACGAGCUCAACAAGCCGGGUAAGCGGGGCCGGCUCGACCAGGGUAGCAGGACCCCGAACCAUAAGCGGGCCAAAAAGGAUGCCAAGUUCGGAUUCGGCGGCAAGAAGCGGUAUUCCAAGUCGGGCGACGCCGAGAGCUCCGGCGACGUGAGUGGGUUCAGCGCCAAGGGGAUGAAGGGCAAGGGCGGCCCCAAGAAGAUCGCGAAGACGGCGCGCUUGGGCAAGUCUAAGAGGAAGACCGUGGCCGGGAGACGGUGA